UUGUGUGUAUGUGUACACGCACUCACACUCAUUCGUACCCCUCUCCACCCUACUUAAUCAUCUGGACCCUAAAACCCCGCCUGCUCCGUCUUCUGCCCCCACCCCAUCCUCUGCUUAGACCCUUGGCCAGUCCCCCUUUCACAACCCAGGACGGGUACAAAAGACCCCUGCCGUGGUCUCCCCUCCCCCCACACUCUCCCUCUUGGUUCCUUUACUGUCUGACUUCCCUUGUCCGCCUGGUUCCUGGAUCCGGGAGGCUCGUGGCCUCCCCUCCACUUCUCCCACCCCCCACUCCCCUGGCCUGACCAUGCCCCUCCUUCCAGCCAACAUUCCCUGUGUCUCCUGUCCCGUUACCGUUACCACCCCCUUUUGGCUCGUCAUUUCCUCUUCUCUCGUUGCUGGGGCAGAACAGCAGCCCCCUCCAGACGUGGUGCCAAACCAAGCUGCCUCCUUUUCCCAGGCUGCAUGUCUGUUUGGCUCCUGGAAGCUCCCUGUACCAAUUUGUUCUCCUCUCGAAAGACUGACUGCAGGAGCUCUUUCUCUAAUCUUGAAUAUUUUCUUAUACCCAGAAAACAUGGAGUUAAUUUUCCCCUAUCACCAUCUUCUUUCUUACCUGAUUUAUGGCAGCCAGGACCUCAGGCUCCUUCUCUUGAUUUAUUUUUCUCCUAUUGUAUAUAGUGUAUAGUUAGGUUCCUAUUUAUGAAAUAUUUUGCAUUUUAAGUCUGUUUUUAAAAAAAUAUUUUUAUGUGUUUGUCUUCAUGUUAGGACCAAGCUUCUUUUUCUUAAAAAAAAAUGAGUCUUUUUCAACUUUAAAUCCUAUGGUUCUGGCUGCAGUAAAGUUUUAGCAAGUGGUGACUUCUCAGUAGAGUUGUAUAGUACUUGGAUUCCAGUGAAAUGUAUGUAUAUGUGUGUGUGUGUCACAAGAUUAAGUCGAGUUUAGAAGUACUUAAUUAAAUACCUAGUAAGUGCUAAGCACUGUGUUAGGAAUGCCCCCUAAGACAAGAACAGUCCCUUCAAGGAAUUUAAAAUCUAAUGAGGACAACUUGCAAACAAUUACUUACAAACAAGAUGUACAUUGGAUAAAUUGGAGACAAUCUUGGGUAGGCACUGGCAUUAACCAAGACUCGGAAAGGCAUUUUGCAGAAAGUAGAAUUUUAGCUGAAACUUGAAAGAACCUUGGAGGCAGAGAUGAGAAAGCUACACUGGAAAAUCCAACAUAGGGAAGCUCUUCAAGCUCGGUCUUUCUGCUCUCUGCUGGAGAGUGCACAUGUAUUUUAUCCAUGAGCACACUCUUAGCCAUAUCUCAAGAUAUCCAGCGGGAGAUUGUCACAUACGGAAUUGCAACCUAGAUGAGACAUGGAGCAGUAUACAGCAAACAGCAAUAGUUCUACGGAACAGAUUGUCGUGCAGGCUGGACAGAUUCAGCAGCAGCAGCAGGGUGGUGUCACUGCUGUCCAGUUGCAGACAGAGGCCCAGGUGGCAUCCGCCUCAGGCCAGCAAGUCCAGACACUCCAGGUAGUCCAGGGCCAGCCUUUGAUGGUACAAGUGAGUGGUGGUCAACUAAUCACGUCAGCUGGCCAGCCCAUUAUGGUCCAGGCUGUCCCUGGUGGCCAAGGUCAGACCAUCAUGCAAGUACCUGUGUCUGGGACACAAGGAUUGCAGCAAAUCCAGUUGGUACAGCCAGGACAGAUUCAGAUUCAAGGGGGUCAGGCUGUGCAGGUGCAGGGUCAGCAAGGCCAAACCCAGCAGAUCAUCAUUCAGCAGCCCCAGACUGCCGUCACUGCUGGCCAGACCCAGACUCAGCAGCAGAUAGCUGUCCAAGGGCAGCAAGUGGCACAGACAGCGGAAGGUCAGACCAUUGUCUAUCAACCAGUCAAUGCAGAUGGCACUAUCCUCCAGCAAGUUACAGUCCCUGUUUCCGGCAUGAUCACCAUCCCAGCAGCCAGUUUGGCAGGAGCACAGAUUGUCCAGACAGGAGCCAAUACCAAUACAACUAGCAGUGGACAGGGGACUGUUACUGUGACACUACCGGUUGCUGGGAAUGUGGUCAAUUCAGGAGGAAUGGUCAUGAUGGUACCAGGGGCUGGUUCUGUGCCUGCUAUCCAGAGGAUCCCCUUGCCUGGAGCAGAAAUGCUUGAAGAGGAGCCCCUCUAUGUGAAUGCUAAGCAGUAUCACCGGAUUCUGAAGAGGAGACAAGCUCGGGCCAAACUAGAGGCAGAAGGGAAAAUCCCCAAGGAAAGGAGGAAAUAUUUACAUGAGUCUAGGCAUCGUCAUGCCAUGGCAAGGAAACGUGGAGAAGGUGGUCGAUUUUUCUCUCCAAAGGAAAAGGAUAGUCCUCACAUGCAGGAUCCAAAUCAAGCAGAUGAAGAAGCAAUGGCACAAAUGAUUCGAGUAUCCUAACCAAGAGCAGAGAGAGCGAGCUGAUCCAGGUUCCUCUCCACUGUGUCCCGUUAUCCCAGGAAAUUGAGCAGACCUUCCAGUGGGACACUCAUGAUCACAUUCUGACCUUUUCUACGAAACAGCAACCACUUGAUUUUUCAUAAGUGGUUUGGUAUUAUAAUUGCAGUGAUCUCUGGUGAAUUGAAAUUCCAAGGACUCUGUCCCACCCCUCUCAGUCAGGACUUCAGACUAUUAAUGACAUUAGUCUUUCAUAUAUUUGGAUGGUACAAGAGACAAAAAGCCAAUGAGACAGUACUACAAGCAGCACUUAAUUUCGCUGGUGAAGCAGGGCCAUCCCAGGGGAGAGAUACUGUUCAAUCGUUAGCAAGACUGCAGUCCAGGAAACCACAGCCCACUCCUUCCCAUUUGGAGUUUGGUUAGUCUCAUCCAUCCAUGAAGUUUGAGAUUUUAUGUGUGACCAACAGAAUGAAGAACAUGUUGCAUGCAGAGAUGACUUUCAGAAAGAGGAAAUUGCCAUCCUGUGAUGUGUAAAGAACAUGCUAUUCCCUAAGAAUAAGGUUCAGUCAGCCUAUGAUUGUAGCAAGAACCUGAAUCCACCUGUUUGGUUUAAUGCCAAGGGGAAGAAAAUGUACUUCUGGAGUAAAAGACUCAAAGACUCACUAGCAUUUUAAAAUGCUUCUCUUCUCAGCUUAGGUGGUCUUACCUGCCUUCCCACACUGAAAAUGUAACUGAUAUAUAGAGAUCACCUGGAUCACAGAUUUUCUCAUUUUUCCCCCUAUGAGGUGCUAGGGAUGGUCAGUCCUAGAAGUUGCCAUUCCUGGAGCAGAAAACAGAACAACUUAAAUUCUUUUUGCAUUCAGAUGCUGAGAACAUUUGUAGUCAGUAAAUGUCAAGAGAGCGAAACUGUAGGUUACUGAUCACAGACUUUUUGUAAAACUGUCAAUCUUUGACAGCACUUCAGGAAUAGAAGGGAGAAUGCAAUGAUUUGUUAUUUUUUGGGGGGGGGGGAGUAUGUGUGUGUUUGUUUUAUAACAUGACUCUGGAGACCUGGAGUAGAUUGUUAGGAAGCGAAGAGUGAGCAACAGAUUCAUACUAAAACCUAACCUAUCAAGGGAGUAGAAAUUCACUUACUGUCUUUUAGUCUGCGAUUUAUUUUGUUAGUCCAUGGCCAUUUCCAAAAACCAUUGCUUUCACCUAGGUGCCGUGAUUAUUCCAUGUUACUUAUUGGAGCCAGUGAUGAAAUUUUGUUCGUGCAGCAAAUCCCCUUGGCAGCUGAUGUAUGGAUGCCUAGUUCCACUUGCUUUCCCCAUUUAAGAUGUAACCUUAUACUUUGAUUCAGGGGUCUUGUACAGAAAGGCUUUCACAUUGUACCCUUACUGUGGGACCAAACUGGAAAUAGAUCCUGGAGCCCUCAAAACAUCAGGAAUGGAGCAGAGUUACCAGAUCUGAGUACCCAUCAUAAAACAAGCUUCCACCUUUUGGACCUUGUGGUUCAGAGAAUUAAGAUGAUAGUUUUCGAAGAGUCACUGUCUUUUGAACAAAAGUGGUAAAAAUAUUCAGUAUUUCUACGGAAAAAAGCUGGAGCUAAGUAUAAGGGAAAGGGGGAUGCUUUCUCAAUUUUGUCUUCCCUGUAAACAUGUUGCAUGAAAAAGGAAGGGAAAAAUUAAACCUUUAAAAGGAAAUGAAUCUAAAAAAUAAGGGCUGUUAUGGGGACAGUGGCAGAGGUAUGGCUGGGUACAUUUCCCUCAUCCCAGGACUAAUAGGUUCUGGAAUCCAUGUAUCUAGUGUGGCUUCUAGAUGCCAGGAGGUUCUGCCCCUUUCAGAUGCUCCCUUGGGAAGUGAUCAUUUGUUAUUCUGUAGUUUCAGAGGCUUGGUUUACUUGCUAAGAACAAAGUUUGUAUGAUGAUGAUAAAACAGAAGGGCUUUAGAUUCCUGGUUUAUCUUUCGGAUCCAGUAUUAAAAGAGUAAGCCCCUCAAACCUGAUCUCUAAAGCUCAAGCUCAUUAAGGAAAGCAAUUUUUAAACUGUAUUUAUUUAUGUUUGUAAACUUGUACAUAGUAACAACCCUGCAAAUGUUCUGUUAUUCUAUUUUACAUCUUUUAGGUUCUUUUAGGGUUUUUUAUUGUUUGAGGUUUUUUUGGUGGGGGAGGGGGAUGGUGGGAGGAAAAUACUUCAGUUUUCAAUUUCACUUUUGCAUUUAGAGUGUCAGGUCUUUUUUUGUUACCUUGAAACACCAUGACUUUGCAAGGAAAGUUUGGGAUUUGGGAAAUUAUUUUUAUUUGCUCCUAGGAAAUCCUUUCCUUAUUUGUAGGUGUGACUGUUCUAAUGAUCUUACAAUUGAAAAAGUGGUUGACUGGAUGAAUGAAUGAUUGGCAUAAUGUAUAGUGUUAUAUUUCAUUUGAGUACUUUUUUUUUUGCAGGAUAAUUGUGUGUGUAUGUAUAUAUAAAUAUAAAUAUAUUUUUAAGUGCAUUGUUACAUAUUAACUUGUCCAUGUCUAUACCGCUGGACCAGGGGAACGUUUUCUGGGUUGUGGGUGCCUGUUAAUAAUGUCUUGGCUUUCAUUUGUGACCUUAAGCUAUAUGAAGGUUUUUCCCCUAGAGAGGGGAGUACAGGUGAUCAUUGGUGACAUGGGAAUUCAGAGUAAUUUCCCAUUGUUAUUUUUUAAAAGAAAUUUAUAAAAAUAUUAAAAUAAAAGUUUGUGUUUUAGGGAAGCACUUA